AUGAGCGUGCUUGCCACGCCGUUCUUCCUGCUCACGUCGCUCCGAGCACCGGCGCCUCGCAUGGGAGCUCCCGGCUACUGGCACGCCAGGCGCGACGCGCUCGUGCGAGAAUUGACGAGGCGCGAGCUCGAGCUCGAGGAACUCGAGGCCCUCGCAGAGCAAGCGCUCGCCGCCGCCAACGGCGCGCUCGCCAACGGCGCGCUCGCCGCGGCCGCUCCGUCGCCGUCCUUGGUGAAGGCGGAGGCGGAGGCGGAGGCGGAGGCGGCGGAGGCGGAGGCGGAGGCGGCGGAGGCGGAGGCGGCGGAGGCGGAGGAGGAGAACGAGUGUGCGCGGCUCGAGGAGGCGCUGGAGGAGGCGGCGGCGGAGCGCGAGGCGGACGUGCAGCGGGCGGACUACGACGCGAUGCUCGACCAAGCCGAGGUGAUGCGCGAGACGAUCGGAGCCGCUACCGAGCGAGUCGAGGCGGAGCGUCGUCGCGGAGAGCUGAACGUGCAAAAGGUCCUCGCCUUCAUGCUGCCGCGCGUGGACGCUGCACGGGCGGCCGGCGAGGAGGCGGGCGCGCGCAAGGCUGAGGCGGCGCUGCUGCAGGCGGAGGCGAGGCGGGAGGUGGAGGUGCAGCGUACGGCGGCCUUCUGGCUCGCGCGCGUGGCGGCGCUCGAGGAGGAGGCGGCGGCGCUGCGAGGCGGCGGCGGCGGCGGAGGCAAGAAGGGCAAGAAGAAGGGCAAUGGCGGCGCCUAG